CGAGGAGGAGGAGCCGGCGAGGGCCGCGCCUGGGAUCCCUGAGGCCGAGGGCGAGCCGCGGAGCUGCAGGCCCGAGCUGAGCGCGCCGGGGCCUGGAGGGCCGGACAAGAUGAAUUUGCAACUGAUCAUCUGGAUUGGACUGAGCAGUUCAAUUUGCUGUGUACUUGGCCAAACAGAUGAAAAUAAAUGUUUAAAGGCAAAUGCCAAAUCAUGCGGUGAUUGUAUACAAGCAGGGCCAAAUUGUGGAUGGUGUACAAAUUCAACAUUUUUACAAGAAGGAAUGCCCACUUCUGCACGAUGUGAUGACUUAGAAGCCUUAAAAAAGAAGGGUUGCCACCCAGAUGACAUAGAAAAUCCCAGAGGCUCCAAAAAGAUAAAGAAAAACAAAAAUGUGACUAACCGUAGCAAAGGCACAGCAGAGAAGCUCCUCCCUGAAGACAUCACUCAGAUACAACCACAGCAGCUGGUCUUGCAGUUACGGUCAGGGGAGCCUCAGACAUUCAAAUUAAAAUUCAAGAGAGCAGAAGACUAUCCUAUUGAUCUCUACUACCUGAUGGACCUCUCGUACUCUAUGAAAGAUGAUUUGGAGAAUGUGAAAAGUCUCGGGACGGAUCUGAUGAAUGAAAUGAGGAGGAUUACUUCAGACUUCCGGAUUGGGUUUGGAUCAUUUGUAGAGAAAACUGUGAUGCCUUAUAUUAGUACAACACCAGCUAAGCUCAGGAACCCUUGCACAAGUGAACAGAACUGCACCAGCCCAUUUAGCUACAAAAAUGUGCUUAGUCUUACUGAUAAAGGAGAAGUAUUUAAUGAACUUGUUGGUAAACAACGCAUAUCUGGAAAUUUGGAUUCCCCAGAAGGAGGCUUUGAUGCAAUUAUGCAAGUUGCAGUUUGCGGAUCCUUGAUUGGCUGGCGGAAUGUUACCCGGCUGCUAGUAUUCUCUACAGAUGCUGGCUUUCAUUUUGCUGGAGAUGGAAAGCUUGGGGGUAUUGUUUUGCCAAAUGAUGGUCAGUGCCACCUCGAAAAUGAUGUGUACACAAUGAGUCAUUACUAUGAUUACCCUUCUAUUGCUCACCUUGUCCAAAAGCUUAGUGAAAAUAACAUCCAGACAAUUUUUGCAGUCACUGAGGAAUUUCAGCCUGUUUACAAGGAAUUGAAAAAUUUGAUCCCUAAAUCAGCAGUAGGAACAUUAUCUGCAAAUUCUAGCAAUGUCAUUCAGUUGAUCAUUGAUGCAUACAAUUCUCUUUCCUCAGAAGUCAUUCUGGAAAACAGUAAGUUACCAGAAGGAGUGAAAAUAAGUUACAAGUCGUACUGUAAAAAUGGAGUGAAUGGGACUGGGGAAAAUGGAAGGAAAUGCUCCAAUAUUUCCAUUGGAGAUGAGGUUCAAUUUGAAAUAAACAUAACUUCAGAUAAAUGCCCAAGUAAGAAUCCUGAAACAAUUAAAAUUAAGCCUCUGGGCUUCACUGAAGAGGUAGAGAUUAUUCUUCACUUCAUCUGUAAUUGUGAAUGUGAAAAGGAAGGCAUCCCUCAUAGUCCAAAGUGUCAUGACGGAAAUGGAACUUUCGAAUGUGGAGCUUGCAGGUGCGACGAGGGACGUGUUGGUAGACACUGUGAAUGUAGCACUGAUGAAGUGAACAGUGAAGAUAUGGAUGCUUACUGCAGGAAAGAGAACAGUUCAGAAAUCUGUAGUAACAGCGGAGAGUGUGUCUGCGGACAGUGUGUGUGUCGGAAGAGGGAUAAUACGAAUGAAAUUUAUUCUGGCAAAUUCUGCGAGUGUGAUAAUUUCAACUGUGAUAGGUCCAAUGGCUUAAUAUGUGGAGGGAAUGGUGUUUGCAAGUGUCGGGUGUGUGAAUGCAACCCCAACUACACUGGCAGUGCGUGUGACUGUUCUUUGGAUACUACUUCAUGCAUGGCCACAAAUGGACAGAUCUGCAAUGGCCGAGGCAUCUGCGAGUGUGGUGCCUGUAAAUGUACAGACCCGAAGUUUCAAGGACCAACAUGUGAGAUGUGUCAAACCUGCCUUGGUGUCUGUGCUGAGCAUAAGGAAUGUGUCCAGUGCAGAGCCUUCAAUAAAGGAGAAAAGAAAGACACGUGUGCACAAGAGUGCUCACAUUUUAACAUUACCAAGGUGGAAAAUCGGGACAAAUUACCUCAGCCUGGCCAGUUUGACCCGCUCUCCCACUGUAAGGAGAAGGAUGUUGACGACUGCUGGUUCUAUUUCACAUACUCAGUGAAUGGGAACAACGAGGCCAUUGUCCAUGUUGUGGAGACUCCAGAGUGUCCCACUGGACCAGACAUCAUCCCAAUUGUAGCAGGUGUGGUUGCUGGAAUUGUUCUUAUUGGCCUUGCGUUGCUGCUGAUAUGGAAGCUUUUAAUGAUAAUUCACGAUAGAAGGGAAUUUGCCAAAUUUGAAAAGGAAAAAAUGAAUGCCAAAUGGGACACGCAAGAAAAUCCGAUUUACAAGAGUCCUAUUAAUAAUUUCAAGAAUCCAAACUAUGGACGUAAAGCUCGUCUCUAAAUUGCCGGUGAAAAUCCUAUCUAUAAGAGCGCCGUGACAACUGUCGUCAAUCCGAAGUAUGAGGGAAAAUGAGCAAUACCUGUGCAAAUUUCUCAACACUGAAUGAAGAGUAGAAAUUUUCAUAGUCACAGUUAGGUAGCUUUAGGGCAAUAUUGCCGAGUUUUGAAAAUGUACAAUAUGUAUAAUUUAAAAGACUUUUAUUAUUUUGAAAAUAAUGUUAUAAUCAAUGCCAGGGACUGACAAAAGACUUGAGACAAGAUGGUUAAUCCUUGUCAGCUAAGGUCACAUUGUGCCUUUUUGACCUUUUUCUUCCUGGACUAUUAAAAGUCAAGAUGUUAAGAUUUACUUAAUCUUGGUAACUUUUAUGCCUUCUCUUUUAAAAUUGAAACCUUAGGUAAAGUUAAAACCUUGGGUAAACUCCUUGGAGCAGUUAUUGCAAAAAUAUCUCUGAUUUAGCGUUAUUCACAUAAAGGCCUUAAUUUGUGGAAUACUUAUUGAAUUAGGGACCUUGGGGUUGAAUUUUCUUUGUUUUCGAUUCAUUUAUUUUAUGUAAAGCCUGGUGCUUUUUUUUUUUAUUAUUAUUAUCACUUUAUCUAAUCUUUUAAUGUAUUGUUUGUAAUUUGGGUGUGAGACUUUUAGUGCUAUUCCUUUGAUGUUUUGGCUGUAAAUUUGCCUUUCAGAAACAUGUGAAGUGUUGGUUCUUCAGCAGCUCUCACUUAUAUUGCUCUCAAGCUAGUGCCCUAACAGACCACUGUAGAUUUCUCACUGCUUGUCUUACCCAUUUUAUUUCCUUUUAGUCACAUUUUUGUUUAAAGUGCCUUUUAGUUUUAAUAGUUCACUUUUUACAAUGCUGUUUACUGAAGUUAUUUAUUAAAUAAAAUACCUAAAAUAUUUAAAUGGUAUGUUUUUGCUCUAUAAUAUUUUGCAAGUCAUGCAUAAAAUUAUUUUUUUGCAUAACAUUUUUAUAGCUUAAAGAGACUGAUGAAAAAUAUAUUUCUUAAGAAAAUAGGGCUGGGAACACGAGACACAGAGAGAGGGAUGCAUUGAAAAGCCUUUUUAGAUUAUCUUUGGAUUUUUUUAAUUGAUACUGAGUAAAAAAAUUGGCACCCCUCACACAUACUCAUGUGCCAGGAGAUAGGGAUCUUCUUAUUUUAAGCAGAACUAACUCUAUGACUAUCACUUUAGAGUUUCAGCCAAAGACUGCAAGGCCUGCACUUUCUUUGGUUUGGUUUAGUUUUGGGGCCACACCGGUGGUGCUCAGGGCUCACGCUGGCCAUACUCGGGGGACUAUAUGUGGUGCCACGGAUUGAAUCUGGGUCAGCUCCACACAACACAAAUGCCCUACCUGCUGUACUGUCACUCAGGCCCAUCUGCAAGUUCUAUAUUCUGUUUAAGGUACAAAGGAUUGUUGUUUUGAUAAAAUUUCAUUUUCAUGUGAUUUGGAUUUUUGUUACUAUAGAUUUACAAUACUUAUAUAUAAUCUGCAAAAAUACAUAAAGCUUAUUAAAAGAAAUGUGUGCUCUUUUAGAACAUAUAGCAAAUACCAGACUGAUUUGCGGGAGAGGACUAUUAUAAGUUUUUACUUUACUAUUUUCUUACAUUUACAGUGCCUCUUUCCAGUUUUAAAAAUCAAUAUCCAUUUCAUUUAUUUCAUUUAAGUAUAUUUCCUAGCUUAGAAUAACCUAUCCUUUAGUUAAGGUAAACAUUUCAACUAGUUUGUAAGUUGUUUGAGAAAAAUGAUCUUGUGCAUGUGACUCCUAAUCCUUUAUUUUCCAUUUCCUGUUACUCAUUAGUCGUACAUGUCUGUAACUCAUUUUACAUGCCUUAGUAGAUAAAACUAACAGAAUUGAAUUACAUAUUCUGCUCUGAAAGCUGACUUUUAUGGGUUUUUUUUUCAAUACUAUAUGAACAAAAUAUUUUCUAUGUAUAGUUUGUUUUUCCUGACACUGUGUCCUUGAGAAAUGAAAUGUGGUAAGUUUUUAGAUUUUAUAACAAUUUUCAAACAGGCUAUCUAAUUAUAGAAAUCCUUCUAUUUGAAAACUGGAAGAAUUGUGGAGGGCUUUUUCUGAUUGCCACUCUAGGCUGACAGUGGCAUAUAAAUAAUUUUUAGACUUAAAAUUGGAAAUUUCAGAAUAUGACUAGAUUUACAGUUAAAGUUGUUGAAGCUGUGUGGAACUUUUUCAUUAAAAUGCAUUUUGUUUUUCUAAACAGUUUAUUUUGACAUCUAGUGAAACUCUUCCCCCCAAAUGGAGACUCCUGGAACUGUUAAAAAUUUAUUCAGAUUCUCUACUAGGAAAAAUUUACAAAGUAUCAUGUUUUGUUCAUAUAUCACUUCAGAUAUCAGUAGUGGCAUAUUUUGAAGAUUCCCUGAUAUGUUACAGAGUUUCCUUGUUCCUUCUCAGUGUAUAAUUAUAAAUUUUUUCAAUAAAGAUGCCCAAAUAUGUAAGACUUUGUACUGCAAGAAUAGUUAAUCAUAAAUCUUUAAAAAAGAAAUCACUAACGUCAAGUUUAUUUUAACCUGGAGUUGGCAUUUCCUUCUUUGCUGUCCCCCUGAGAUGUAACCCUUAAAAGAGGCUACUUGCCUAUAGUUUAUGGCCCUUUUUCUUGGAGACUUAGAUAUUUCUUGCCUGGACCCUAAGUUCUUCAGAAAUAGUGACUCUGUAGGGCUGGAGAGAUAGGACAGCAGGUAGGGCAUUUGUCUCGCCUUUGGCUGACCCAUGUUUAGUUCCCAGGUGCCCACCAGGUGUAACCCCUGAGCACAGAGCCAGGAGUAAGCCCUGAGCACUGCUGGCUGUGCCCCAAAACCACCACCAACACCAUAAAAAAGGUAAUUAUGAAAUACUCAUAUAUUAGACAGUGUUAAUUAAGGAUGCAUUAUUAAUAGAAACACUAUUCAACAUAUUUAAAUCAUAAUUUAAUUCAUUAUUUGUAAUAGUUUAGAAGGCAGUGUGCAGAAAUCAGUGUUCUUGACUUAUUGAUAAUAGUGUUAUAUUAAUGAACUUACUGAUGGGUUAUUAUCAACAUUUAGGUUUCUUUCAAUAGCUAGCUAACUGCCUUCUUAGCAGCCAUUUAAAACACGACUUAAUCAUACUGCCCCAACAUUCCCAGUUCCAUUUUUCAGAUCUUCAAGCUUUCCACACACAUAUUUUGUUCUCAGUGCCCCUAGAUUUGAUAGCUCUAUGCUUAUAGGAAUUGGGGAGAGAAGGGGUUUGUUUUGUUUUGUGUUGGCGGUGCCAAGAAUCAAUCGAAGGCAUUACGCGUGGAAGGCAAAGUGCUCUACUACUGAGCCACACCCCUUAUCCCAGAAUCUGAGUGUUUGAUUCAUUACUGCAUCUUCAGAACCAUGUCUGACAGAACUCAACUGACCAACUUUCAAUUCAGAUUGAAGGGCUGGGCUUUUCAGAAAAGCAAAAGCUAACAGUUCGUUACUAAAAUGGUCCUUUAGAAAUAUGUAGAGGAGCCUGUGUUCUCCCUUGAACGCCAUCUUGAAAACAUUUCCCCACUUUCUCUUCUUCCAUAUCUUUCUAAGUAAGUUUCGUUCAACAAAAACUAUUUUAUUUUCAUUAAAAUAAAAGAAAUAUAGAGAGAAUUUAAGCUGAAUAAAAGGGAGGCAGAAAAUCAUAACAAGAAAAUACCAAAGUAUAAGCCUUCCUGGCUUUAAAAUAAAUAAUGAAAGUAUUGAAUCGAUCACUUAUAAACUUAUGGGUAAGUUUAUGGUGAGAUUGUGUCUCAGUCUUUUGUACAUAACAUUCAUUUCUUAUCAUUUGACAACAGUGACCCGAUUGGUUUUCAGGAUUGUUUGUUUUAAUUCAAACCUAACUAUGCAUUUAGUCUCUGAAAUGAAGGAACUUCAGGAUUUGCCUAUGUUACUGUCUUGCACCAGAAUUUUGAAUUGCCGUAUUCAGUGAACAAGAGGCACAUUAUUAUGAUUCUUGUGUAUUGUUUUAUACAAUAAAUGCUUUUUAAUCUUUAAA